CAUGAUAUAUAAAUAUGCAAUUUUUCUUGUGCUUUUCUCAGUGUUAAACAGUAUUUCCACAGUGGUCUCUGAGAGUAAAUCUGGUGACGAUGAUACUGAUACUGAUGUUGAAGAAGAUCCAAUAGUUGAUCAAGAUUUAAAUUUGGUUGACAGAACAAAACUUCCAAUCCACUCCAGAUCCAUAGACUACAAGAAUGGUUGUGAAUUUAUGCCUGAAGAAAUUACUCUGUACGAAUACGAUGCAAAAACUGUAAAAGGAGAAGACGUAAAAGUUCUAAUUCAUGAAGCUAAACCACUUUGGAAUACGAUUUCAAUGUACAAAAUGGAUUAUAAAUUUGACCCGUCAAUAGAAGGAUCAUAUAGCGUUCAGGAAUCCUGGAAUUGUUUUGAAUCUGAUGCACCAGAACUAGUUGAUCAUGUCAGGAGCAUGCUCGUAAAACCUAAUAGCGAAGAAUAUAACUUUACUUUUCCUAUUGAAGACAUUCAAGACCAUAUCAGUGGUGAGGUCGGCCAGCCUCUGGAGGUUGAUCGUCUGGUUUUCGGAGAAGAACUUAAAAACGGAUUUUUUAUUGAGGCCGGAGCAUCAAACUUUGAGGCUCAUUCUGAUACACUACACUUUGAGGUAAACCAUGGAUGGACUGGUCUACUUGUUGAAGCACACCCCCUUCUUUAUCAGGAUGGACUUAGGAAACAUAGAAAGGCACACUCAAUACAGACCUGUCUGGCGACCCAAACCAAACCUCAUCUUGUAAACUUCGAACUAGAUGCUAUAACCAAGGAUAAAAAUGGCGUCUCAUCCUCUAUGGGUGGAAUUAUUACUGAUGAAUUCUUUGACCCAAAAAGCUCAACUAUAGUAAAAAUGCAGUGCAUGCCUUUGUACACAAUACUAUUGGCCCUGGGUAAUCCGACAGUACACUAUAUCAGUUUGGAUAUCGAAGGGGCAGAAUUCCCUGUUUUAAAAACAAUCCCUUGGGAUAAAGUUGAUAUCCAGGCGUUGAGUAUAGAAACACAUAUGGGAGGAAUAGUUUUCCCGGGAUCUAGACUAGAUAUCAUUAGAUACAUGGAAUCUGUAGGGUAUCGACAUAUUGAGAACGGACAUGUUGGGACGAAUGAGAAUCGUGAACGAAUCGGAACUAUUGAUGAUCUUUUUGUCAGAAAGAAUAUUCCGGUCAAAUCUGGAAAAACAAAGACAAAAGAAGAACUUUGAAAAUAAAGAUGAAACAACGUAAUAAACAAUUUGCACAAUGAUGUUAAAAUUUGUCACUUAAUUAUUUAUGAUCAAAAUAAUUCUUCCAUUUUCCCCCUGUUGUGAUGGUUAAAUCAUUUUCUUAAUCAACUCGGUUGUAAAAUCAUUAAACUAACGAGCUUUUUGUAAUACAGAGUUUGCUAAAUGGAGACAAAAUCAUAAAUAAUGGAUUGCAUAUGACUUCUUUGUUUGGUGAAUUUUGGGCAUCUUUUGCAUUAAGCGCAUUAAGUUUGGCGCGUUUUUACGCAAUUCUGUUUGCGUAAUUUGCGCAAAACCGGUGGUAAAUUUUUACGAUGAUUGAAAUAUCAAAGGUUUAUGCUCUCUAUGCCACUGAGAUAUAGACAAUUCUGAGUCGUCACAUUUCAGGACAGCCUCGACGCAACACCUUGGUCGGUUUUACCUCGCCAACUCACCAUAUACUUUUUUGUAAGACUAGACAUAUACAUUUAAAAAAUGAUACGCGUCUGUUUCUAGCCUUAGUUUCAAAGGAGCGGUUAGCAUAAUUGCAAACACAGUAUAACGCAAAAGCGGAAUAGCUCAAUUUUAAGCGAAAUGAAGUUUGCGAAGGAUUGUGCAAAGUGCUUUUUUUUCGCGCAAAAAUGUAGCACAACAAAAGCAAAAAUUUGCGCUCUCUUUCGCAAAAAUUGCGCAAAAGUUUUGCAAAUGGAAACCCUAGCUGAUAUAUUGAAAACUUUAUUGAGUGAACUUUAGACACUAGAUCAAUGCAAUAAUAUAACACCUUUACAUUUUAUGUAAUUACACUUA